UAACAGAAGGAAGCAAUGGGAACCCGCCUGUCAGCCAGCCUUUCGAGCUAAUUAGCUCAGCCUACAACAAAGAUAAGUGAGCCUGGAGGAGGGCCCCCUGAGGGGUCUUUAGAUUCUGGGAAAUGUCUGAUUGGCAGAUGUUAAAAGGGAUUCUUUGGUAAUCCAGUGCAUCAAUGAGCUGCACAAAUUCAGUCCAGGACUGCAAGAAUUCAGGCAUGAGGACACUCCGUGCAGGAGGCGCACACAGGCAGACCCGAGAUGGACAGAACCUUGGAAUCUCUGAGACACAUUAUUGCCCAAGUCUUGCCUCACAGAGACCCGGCUGUGGUCUUCAAAGACUUGAAUGUUGUAUCGAUGUUACAGGAAUUCUGGGAAAGCAAGCAGCAGCAGAAGACAGCCUUCCCCAGCGAGGGCGUGGUAGUCUAUGAGUCUCUGCCCUCUGCAGGGCCGCCCUUCGUGAGUUAUGUGACUCUCCCAGGAGGGAGCUGCUUUGGCAACUUUCAGUGCUGCUUAAGUAGAGCUGAGGCCAGGAGGGAUGCAGCCAAAGUGGCCCUAAUCAACUCCCUCUUCAAUGAGCUCCCCUCACGCAAGAUCACCAAGGAGUUCAUUAUGGAAAGUGUGCAGGAAGCAGUGGCCUCCACCAGAGGCACUUUAGAUGAUGCGGAUGACCCCAGCACAAGCAUCGGCGCCUAUCACUACAUGCUGGAGUCAAACAUGGGCAAGACCAUGCUGGAGUUCCAGGAGCUGAUGACCAUUUUCCAACUACUGCACUGGAAUGGAAGUCUAAAGGCUCUUCGUGAAACAAAGUGUUCUCGACAGGAAGUCAUCUCCUAUUAUUCCCAGUAUUCCCUAGAUGAAAAGAUGCGCAGCCACAUGGCCCUCGACUGGAUCAUGAAGGAGCGGGAAUCGCCGGGAAUUCUCUCCCAGGAGCUACGAAUGGCCCUGAGGCAGCUGGAGGAAGCCAGGAAAGCAGGCCAAGAACUGCGAUUUUACAAAGAAAAGAAAGAAAUCCUGAGCUUGGCCCUGACUCAGAUCUACAGUGACCCUGACCCUUCCUCGCCCAGUGAUGACCAGCUGAGCCUCACGGCCCUGUGUGGCUAUCACUAACAAGGCCAGGUCUCAGGUCCCCGGCUGGGAGGCUGACCUGAGGAGGCUGUUGGAAGGAGGUCCUCAGAGGCGACCUGAAGCUGCACCAACCCCCAGACCCAGGCAUGCAUCCACUCUCAGAAUGUGAGCGCCACAGGACUCUACCAAAUCCCACUUCCCACUCCGCCCAUCCCACCUUCAGCUGAACCAUCUCAGGAUGAAAACAGGAUUAUCUGUACGCAGUUUUCAGGCUGGCUCCUCUUAAGAGCCUAACUGAUAUGGUGAUGUUUCCAAGAAUGGGCCACUAUGACACCCGCCUUCCCCCAAAAAAACCCAUCCUCCAGGACUAAGAGAAGUAGCAUGAUAACAAAUUUUAAGUACAUAAGAUUAAAUAAACAACAUGAAUGUUUAAAAAUAUAUAUAACAGUCAGAGUCUUGUUCCAAUUUUUGAAAGCUAAGUGAUCGUUUAUACUCAGGUAUAAUCCAAGGCGAUUCUCACUAGCAAAGCUCUACAGUGGCAGUAGUAUGACUGUCUUACAUAAAUUAAAUUUGGAUAAAAAUUCUAUGCCAUAAUGUUUCUAAAACACAUUCUUCCCUAAUAAGGGUAAAUAUUACCUAGAAUAUAAAUCUGUAUAACUCCUCAAGAAGAAUUAAUGUCCAGUUUCUGUGAGUCUUGCAGUUAAUCAUGUUCAUUUUUAAUUUGCAAAUACAUAACUUGAAUUAAUUUGCCUUUAUUUUUGCCAUUGAAGACAUACAUCUAGAAUGGAGAAAAUUAAUCAUAUUUUAAAGAUUAAAAUAUUUCAAAAAAAGAAUUAGCAUAUAACAGAGUGCUUGCUUUUGAUUGAUUUCACAGAGAUUAGACAGGGAGUCUAUAACUGUUUGUUUUUCAAGAUCAUAAGAAAUCAAUGGCUCAACUGAAUAUCAUUGUUAAAUUUAAACCCUUGGAAUUUUCUUUAAAGGUGGGAUAGGACAUUGCCAUGUCUGAUCUAUCACUAUCAAUCAACUGAUUAGAAAAUCAAAAUCAAAUUUAACAAUGACAUUAAUGUUAAUUUUCAGUACUCAUGGGUGUUUCCAUAUCUAUGACAUGAAAAAGAUUACUCUGAGUUUAGUCCAAUAAUUUGAAUUUUAAACAGUUUUCUCAAUUUUAAAAAGUUUCAGCUGAGUUUGGUGGCACAUGCCUAUAAUCUCAGCACUCUGGAAAGGCUGAGGCAGGAGGAUCACAAAUCCAAGCCCAGUCUGAUCCAUUUAGUAAUUUAGUGAGACCUUGACACAGGGGAAAGAAAAAGUUAAAAGGAUGGGUAUGUAAACCAAUAUGUGACGGUCUUGGUUUAAAUUGACAGUAGUGAAAAAAGGUUUGUUUUUCUUCAUGUUUAUGCAAAUACAACUUUUCUAAAAGCUAAAAUAUAAUUAUACUGAAGCUAAUGAGAUAUUUUAACCUCUUAUCUAACUAUGAACAAAUAUUAUUGCCACUCCUUAAACCUUUAUGGAAACUAUUAUCUGCUGAUCACAUAUUUUGGAAUUAGUCUUGACAAUGAAAAUUCAUUGUGCAUAACAUUUCUUAGACCAGGAGAACAUUUAACAUUUAAUGACCUUACAUUAAUAUCUUGAAAAUCAAUUCCGGACAGUGUAUGUGAAUUACACAAGCAUCUGUGAUGCUGAUCCAGAGAAAAGCAGUGCUGAGGAGCACGGAGGUUAUACUUUUCCCUUUUUCUGUAUCUUUCUCAAUAGCAAAAGGUGAUAAAGGGACUUAGAGUGAAGGAUUCUCUAAGUAUGCAGAGAUUUGAACCUAAUUUUAAUUGUACACUUUAUGAGGCUAAAAUAUUUUAUUUUGUAAGCUUUAAACCAUCUCCUAGAAAAAUAGAAUAAAACAUGUUCAUUCAAAAUUGAACACAUUCAGAGGGUAUAUGAGCAAUCAAAAUCCAUAGAUUGUCCUAGAGCCCUUGGCCCCUAUGUUAGAACUCAAUUUCCAAUACAUCAGACAGUCUUGUAAAUUUCACAACAAAGAUCCAGUGUUGCUCAGCUAUAGCCAAUAGACUCCAUGAUGGAUGUAUAAGAUGACGCUGUAUUUGACAAGCCAAACAUACCACAUUGUUAUGAAAAAGCAUUUUAGACAAACUCAUAACUCUAUUUGGAAGAAUGUAUCAGAAUAUUACAGAUUUAAUAAAACCGUUGUCCUCUAA